AUGGGCGACCCACAAAUCUUCUUAAAACUAAGCUGGAUUAUCUUUAUGAUUUACUUAGUGAAAUCUAGCCCACCUGAAGAUCCCAUUAAAUGUUCAACCAAAACAAACUUUAACUGCACCAUUACAAACUCUUAUGGUGCCUUCCCAGAUCGGAGCAUUUGCAAGGCAGCUCAAGCUGUUUUUCCAACCACAGAAGAAGAGAUCAUUUCUAUAGUGGCAAAUGCAACAAAAGAAAAGAGAAAAAUGAAAGUGGCGACUCGGUUUUCACACAGCAUACCCAAGUUGGUUUGUCCAGAUGGUGAAGACGGAUUACUUAUAAGUACAAAAUUCCUAAACAAGAUCCUAAAAGUGGAUCAAGAAAACAUGACAAUGACCGUUGAAAGUGGGGUAACGUUGAGACAGUUGAUCAGUGCUCAUGGAAGUUCUCUUUGGGGUUUGGGAAGCUCAGUACAUGAUUAUAUUGUGCAACUUCGAAUUGUCACACCAGAUGAAGCGGCAAACAAUUACGCUAAACUCCGUACAUUGAAAAAUGGUAAUCCUGAGUUGGAUGCAGCUAGAGUGUCCCUAGGUGUUCUUGGAGUUAUUUCACAGGUGACACUGAAACUGCAACCAGUGUUCAAACGUUCAAUAACCCGUUCAAAAAGGAAUGACUCAGAUUUGGGGGAUGAUGCAGCUAAGUUUGGGAGACAACAUGAAUUUGCAGAUUUUACAUGGUAUCCUAGUCAGCGCAAGGUUGUUUAUAGGAUUGAUGAUCGAGUUCCUGCCAACACUCGUGGCAAUGGCCUCGAUGACUUCAUUGGGAUUUCGCUCUACAUCUUCGCUCGUCCUCGCCAUUAUAAGAACCUUAGUUUUGGCUCAAGUGCCAAAGUACCUACUUCCACAUUGAAGAUUGGUGCUUAUGGGUUGACAAACAAUGGUAUUGCUUUUACUGGCUACCCAGUGGUUGGAUUCCACAAUCGAUUCCAAGCAUCAGGAACAUGCCUAGACAGCCUUGAAGAUGCAAGAAUCACAGUAUGUCCUUGGGAUUCUAGAGUUAAAAGUCUCUUCUUUCACCAAACAACAUUUAGUAUUAGCUUAUCUAAAGUCAAAGGCUUCAUUGAAGAUGUCCAAAGGCUAGUUGCUUUGGAGCCUAGGGCACUGUGUGUCCUAGACUUAUACGAUGACAUCCUCAUGAGGUACCCUACAACUUCAAAUGCUUACUUGGGUGAACAAGAAGAUGCUUUGGAUUUCGACAUCACAUAUUACCGAAGCAAGGACCCAAUGUCUCCUAGGCUCUUUGAAGAUUUCAUUGAAGAGAUAGAGCAACUUGCAUUCUUCAAAUAUGGGGCAAUGCCACAUUGGGGAAAGAAUAGAAACGUGUCAUUUAUUGGAGCAAUCAACAAAUAUAAAAAUGCUGACAAAUUCUUGAAAGUGAAACAAAGCUACGACCAAUUAGGGUUAUUUUCAAGUGAGUGGACAGAUCAAGUUUUAGGCUUAAAAGAUGGCUUGACCAUAGUCAAAGAGGGGUGUGCUCUUGAAGGACUAUGCAUUUGCUCUGAAGAUAUUCAUUGUGCCCCAAAGAAGGGUUACUUUUGUCGACCAGGCAAGAUUUACAAAGAUGCGAGGGUGUGUACUCGUUUGUCGUCCGUUACUACUAAACUAAAUCUUGAUUUCUAAUGUAAAAGAUAAUAAGAGACGCAAUGGUGUACGCAUGAUUUUGUGCAAGCAAUGUUGAUAUUUAAAGAAGUAAAUAAAUAAGCACAUCAAUGUAAUAAGGACAUCUUAAAAUAAUACACAUAAAUAUAUUAAUACAAUUGUUCUCGACGAGUUUUUGUUACUUUUUCAAUUACUAAAGGCGAACUAUGUUUUUUCCUUCUUCUAUUGAAUGUACACUUUUCUUAUUGUAUAUAUCAUGGUCAUCUAAGUGGUACUUUUGAAUUUCUUUGCUGGUUCUCCUCCUCCACCCCGUGAUCAAA